AUGCAGACCCGACCCCUGAACUGCAGAUUAAACACAGAGGUCCCGGUCCUCCGGCGGUUUUUCGCCGGCACUGACACCAGGGAGGACUUAAGGCUGAGCAGAGAAUCCCUGGCAGUGCUGCUGGACCUCCUCUAUCAGGAGCGGAGGCAUGGAUGGGGCGCCACCAUAGAGACUCUGGUUCUACUUUUUUGGCUGGCCAGUGGGGCAUCAUACAGGGUGGUCUCAAGGGUGUUUGGGAUUCCCCGCUUCACUGUUCACCGCAUCGUCCACCGAGUUACGGAGGAGGUAGUGGCCAUUCGUCACAGGGUCACCUACCUCCUGAGCUCCACUGACAACCUGGCGGCCGUAACUCGGGGGUUUGCAGGGCUGGCUAGGCACCGCGCUUUUCUCAAAGCUGCUGGUGCAAUCGACGGCUGCCAUGUCCGAAGUAAGCCACCAGGCGGUCCUGAUGGUCACUGCUACAUAAACAGGAAACUGUUUGCUUCAAUCAUAAUGCAAGCAGUCUGUCUCCAGCACCCACUUCCCCUCAUCACUCCCCACAAGCUGCCGGUGUGAAGUGUGGCAGCCCAGCGCUUUUACGGGCAUCAUGCCAGGGCACUCUCUGUUAUUGAGUGUGCCUUUGGCAUGAUGAAGACCCGCUUCUGUGCCAUAUUUUUAAAAGCGCUGGAGAUCCACCACACCUUCAUGCCACAGGUACAUCAUCACUGCACACAAUAUUUUUGUUAUACUUGAGUAUAUGUUAAUUAAUUUAUUAAAAACAUGAAAACUUAUUAUAUAUUAUUAUACUUAUAUUGUUAUACUUUUUUAUUUAUUAAAGGUCUAUAUACUUUAUCUUCUUAUAAAUAUUCCUCUUAAAUUCAGGUCUUCACCGCUUGUGCCAUCCUGCAUAACAGCUGCCUGGGUGCCGGUGACACCAUGGCAUCAGAAGAGGAUAUGCGGGACGGCAUGCCAGGGGAUGAGGUGGAGGAUGGGCUGGAGGCAGUCAGUGGUGCCCGCUGGCGGGACAGAUUGUCUGCAGAGGUGUCGGCCCUGGAGGAGGUAAACCAUGACCAUGACUACCUGUAAUUGGCAAGUACAAUACAUCUUUAGUUUCUCCUCUGUGUGGCACAGAAUGUUUGUUGGUUACUGAUCAGCUUUUUAGACCUCAGAAGAUGCAACUUAAAACUUGUUGGACUCUGUUAGCCUACUCUUGUCUCUCUCUUUAAAACGGGCAUGGCAGCCAUCGAACCAGCCCUGCAAACCUGGACAAUGUGGAGGACAGUGGAGACAUGCAGCCCAAACACCCAGACCACCCACAUGAUCUCCCACUGCCAGUAG